GGCUGAGCUCAGAUGUUGUUGUUUUACUGACAUGAGAGAAUUCGUCCUGAUGAUCUGCGACAUGUUUCCCUCUCAGAACAAAGGAUCAAAGCCGCUUCUGCUUUAAACUUCUCCAGCAGGUAUUUUCUCUCUGCUCUCUUCUCUCUGACGAAACCUCCUCAAAGCCACAGUGCAGACUUCCUGGACGCCAUGAUUCACUGACGUCAUUUUGAAGUAUUGUAGUGUUUAGCCGGGCCAGUCCACGGCCAUGCCGCGAUCAAAUGGCUUCUCCGUCAACGCAGCGUCUUCAGACGAGAGCGAGGACGUGGAGGACGUGGAGCCGCUCCUCCAGACAGACGCAGUUCCUCCUCAGUGCUGCUCCGCUCGGCUCAACCUCGCCGUGCUCAUGUUCUUCGGGUUCUCCGUGGUCUACGGCCUCCGCGUCAACCUCAGUGUUGCCAUGGUCGUCAUGGUGAACACCACCGAGCCCACACCGGCCCCCAACACCUCCAUCGUGCACGCGUGUCCGAUGCCGGCUGGGAUGGAGAACGCCAGCGACACGUUCCCACAACCAGAGGGGGUCCCUCAGUAUCCCUGGGACUCGGAGACUCAGGGCUGGCUCCUGGGCGCCUUCUUCUUCGGCUACCUGUGCACGCAGAUCCCGGGGGGCUACCUGGCCGGUCUCUACGGGGGGAAGCUCUUCAUGGGUCUGGGGGUGCUGGGCACGGCUGCUCUCACGCUCCUCACCCCCCUGGCUGCUCAGCUGGGUGUGACCUGGCUGUUUGCACUACGGGCGCUGGAGGGCUUUGGCGAGGGUGUCACGUUCCCGGCCAUGAUGGCGAUGUGGGCUCGCUGGGCCCCCCCACUGGAGCGCUCCAGCCUGAUCACCAUGUCGGGAUCCGGGGCGAGCUUCGGCGCCUUCGUGGCUCUGCCGCUCACGGGCUUGAUCUGCCAAACACUGGGCUGGCCCGCGGUGUUCUACCUCUGUGGAGGAGCCGGCUGCCUCUGGGCCGUCUUCUGGUUUCUUCUCGUGUCAGACGACCCUCACACACAUCCUCGAAUCAGCGAAGAGGAGAGAGAUUACAUCAGGAACUCUAUUGGGCCUCAGGGCACAGGUCACGGCUGGUCCGUCCCCGUGCUGCCCAUGCUGCUGUCCGUCCCCCUGUGGGCCAUCAUCGUCACCCAGAUGUGUGCAAACUGGUCCUACUACACCCUGCUCACCUCCCUGCCCACGUACAUGAACAACAUCCUGCACUUUGACCUCAAAUCGAAUGCCUUCCUGUCCGCUCUGCCGUUCCUCGGUGGCUGGUUGCUCUCCGUGCUGUCGGGCUUCGUGGCCGACAGCCUCAUCGAGAGGCAGCUGCUCAGCGUCACCGCCGUGAGAAAGAUCUUCACUGUCACAGGUCUGUUGUUUCCCUCAGCUUUCCUCGUGGCUGUGGCGUACGCCGGCUGCAGCCACGUCCUCACCGUCACCUUCCUCACCCUCUCCAUGACCACCGGGGGGGUCAGCAGCGCCGGAGUCUUCAUCAAUCAGAUAGACAUCGCCCCUCGAUACGCAGGAUUUCUUCUGGGAAUCACCAACACGUUCGGGACCAUCCCCGGUGUCGUGGCGCCGAUAGCGACCGGAUACUUCACCAAACACCACACGAUGGCGGGCUGGCAGACGGUGUUCUGGGUCGCGGCCGGGAUCAACGCCGGCGGCGCUCUCGUCUUCGCGAUAUUCGGCAGCGGGAAGAUUCAGCCGUGGGCCGUCACGGAGGAGGAGAGGGCGGAGGUGGAGGGGAAGAGGAGCAGCUCCAUCUCAACGUAGAAGAAACACAUAAUAAUCCAGCUCACUUUUUUUACAUAGAGAGAAAAAUACAAUCAACAGGAUGUAUUUGAACCCAGUUUUACUAGAAACAGAGACGGUUCUACCUCCGACUUUUAAACAUGCGUCUCUGGUCUUUGAAAGUUAAAAGAAAGAGAUUUUUAGUUCAUUUGCACAAAGACUUUGCAAUGAUGGAGCAGUUUUAUCACGUUUCAAGUCGAUAAGAGAAAAGCAGAUUCUCUUAGUGUUGAAGUCAAAUGGACAGAUUUACUAUUUGCAUUGACACGAUUCAACAGCUGCUGACUAAUCGUUUUUUAAUGGUACGGCUCUUAAAAUAUGACCGAUGUGAUAUUUACAUGACUACUUUGUGCCUAGUUUUCCUUGGACAGUGAAGAAAAUGUGACCAAGUGUUUUGUGAUGAGACCACAUUUCUCAAGCUGCUUUGUUUCCGAAGCCUUUUCCACUAAGACACCAAAAAGCCUUAUGUUCUAUGAGACUGCCAAUGUUUUCCAAAACAAACUUUCAGGGAGAGUUUUCUUUUUAUUUAUUAUUCAGAGAAUCACUUAAGUUUUUAGGCUCAACUUCCAAAGCAAUGACUGGAUUUGUUCAGGUCACUUUUCCACCAAGAUGCUGCCAUUAUGGUUUAUUUCUUUAAAUGCAAUAUUUAUUGUUUUUAUGCCACACGAAUUGGACCUGAAACGCUGAGUCGCUCAUCUUCGAGGACACAAGUCUACGUUCCGAUCAUUUCUCUAAAGCUGCGGAUCAGCUUCACUGCCUCUGGGAAGUUCUGUGUGUUAGACACAGGUCGUCAAAAUAUCAUUUAGUGACAUGUCACACUGGGAAAUCCCAAAAGUCAAAUGUGAUGGGUACUUCCGUUUCCAGGGGGGGGGGGGAAUAACAACACUAGUGAUCUCAUAUAGUAUCUGAAGAUCCACUUCCAUGUUCAGGUACAUUGUCUCGUUAUUUUAUUGUUAAGUUUUUUAAUGAACUGGUACCAGAAUCAGCGUCAGGAAGAGCUACUGGUGUUGGAUCAUCUCUCGCUCUUACACUCUUAUAUCAAAGUGCACUGGGACUGUAAAGAUAUGAUGUUUCUGAGCAGAUGUAAUAAUGAAUUUAUCUUCUCGGUGCUUUGUAACAUGUGCAAUUUUUCACAGAAACAGCCUUUUAGUGUUUUAGUUUCAUUUACUGUGGAAAGAGUCUGUGGAUUCGGACAGCAGCAGCAGCAGGAGGAGACGCACGUGCACAUGUUGAUGUUCUGACACUGAACCACUGGUGGUGAUGUCACACCUCUUCUUCUUCUUCUUCUUCUUCUUCUUCUUC